AUGCUUGGAGACCUGACCAUGGCGCGCCGCCACGGCCACGCGCCGCUCCCGCCGGACAGCUCAUUUCCCCGCCGGCCGUCGCACGAGAGCUUUGGGAAGGGCCACGCGCCGGCUCGAGGCCUGCUGGCAACUGUGCUGGCCGCGGUAAAAGGCGUCCUGCAGACGACGGUGUGCACCAUCCGACGGCCGAAAGAGUCGUGUUCAUCAUUGCGGCGCUUCUACAAGCAGUUUAAAGGGGGCGCGACGCGACUCUGGGCCGACGGACGCGUCGCCUGGCGGCACCGCAAACUCGACGAGCGGGACCGGUGUCGGUUGUUGGACUGGAGGACCGCGCGCAUCGCGAGGCGGGCGCCGUGGGAGGUGCUGCACGUGCUCUGGCUCGUGUUCAAUCCCAUGCCCCCGCCGCUCGGAUUCUUCUGCAUCGCGGCGGCCUACCGCUGGCCGCGCAUGUUGCUGAGUCCCCAGUUCCACGAGCCCGAGCAGAAGGCGCGAUUUGCGAGGGACGACGACCGGCAAAGGGCCGAAGCACGCGCCAUGUUGCGAGGCGGCCAGUUGGCAUCAGCACUAGUGGCGGCGUCAUUAUGUGUGAACGACGAAGCCGCGUUGCGGGCGCAGUUCCGCGGGCCGCUCGCGUGGAGCCGCUUCGACGCGCGCGACCGCGCCGCGUUACUCAUGCUCGCGGACCCGGCGCCGCGCUGUUGCCCCUGCUCUGUUUUGAGUUCUCGGAGGCUCGCCGCGAGGGCGGCGGAGCUGCGGGAGGACGACCAGUUGCUGCGGCCCGCGUUGUUAUCUUUAAAAUCCGCGGAGCUCCACGCGUGCGCCGCCGAGCGGGCCCUGGUGGUGGACGCGGCGGGCGACGCGGCGCUGCGCAUGGCGCUGGAGCGGUGGCUCGACAUGAGGGCGCGGGUGGGAGCGGCGCCGGACCACGCGCCGUUCGUGCUGGCGCUGCUCGCGGACGCGGGGGGUGGGCUGGGGCUGGCGUAAAGUAGUUAUCUGUGGAAAUGCUAGUGUCUUACAUGCCGCUAGCGCGCACCUGGGAAAAAACGGGCCCGUAGCCGCAGAUUGAUCGUGAGACGUCACUACACGUGGUCCUCGAAUUAGCCUUAGUCACUCCGUAGCACACUGGACCCUGUCGAAUCGGUGGUCCUGCUCUAAACACUCUCAACUCAGGAUGGCACAUUUUACGGCAGGCGUCGCUCUAGCGGUCGUGAUCCUGACCGCAGCAGACCCCACGCUACGCCCGUCGACGCCACCGACGCGACCGCCUACGGCGCCGUCGCCGCGCCCGACGUCGAGCACGCCGCAGCCGACGGACCUCAUACGGAUCAUCGAGCAGGACGUGCAGAGCGCGCCGUAUGGGCUACCGUCGAAUACCUGCGCCGCCUUUCAGGUGUCUUUCGAGGGCGGCAGCGACAAGAAAUUCAGGGUUGAGAUCACCGACUCCGAACGCGGCCUGAAUUACGUCGCCGCGGGACUAGCCUACUACAACAAAAACGAGGUCUACGGCGAUCCCUUCACGCUUGCAAAAUGCGAUAGUGAUUUCGACUACGACGCCCAGAGCCCCCAGCCGCAGUGCUGGGGGCCCGAUUCCAGCGCCGUCGACGUGAGCGGGUACAAGGACCGGGCCGACUGCUCCGGCGACGUGGAUGCGUUUGUGAAGGACCUGGGCGACGACGUCGUGACCACCUUUGCGUUUCGUGCCUCAACGAAUGCAAAAUGUAGGACGUCGUCCGGCGACUACUACCUUUACGUCUACGCGCAGCGACGGACGUCCGUGAGCUUCCUCGUCACGUCGGCGAAAUCGUCGUGCGGCGGCAACAACAAAAAAGCGGAAAAAGUAUCCUUAACCCUCCUCGCGAUCUUGCUCCCGAUCGCGUUCUGCAUCGCGAUCAUCGUCUGCGUGGCCUACUGCGGCUGGGCGACGUGGGAGAAUUGUAAGCCGUCGAACCACCGGCCCACGGAGUAUCCGGAGCAUCCCCCGGAGGGCUACGGCCAGGAACCGGUGUUCGAUACUCCGGCAACCGGUCAGCUCGACCAGCCCGUCAGCGCCGGUUAUGGGCAUGGGGGCAACUGGGCCUCCGCGACGCCGGUCGCCUCGGCGCCGCCCGUCGAGCAGAGUACAGGGUGGACGCCGGCGCAGCAUGUCUAUAAAUAAAGUUAGUCC